AUGCAGAUUUCUUUAACGGCGGCGCUCUCGUGGCCUGCACCGAACCUAGAGAACCCUGAGACUCUGGCGCCUGCCAACACGGUCAUCAUCACCACCCUCCAUGUCAUCGUAACGGUCUUGCUUGUCAUACGGUUAUAUUCCCGUCGGCAGCUGUCGGGUGGAUUGCGCUUGGAUGAUCUUCUCAUCGUCUUGGCAUACAUCCCCACGACCCUCUACGCCGCCGGUGGUAUACAUCAGGAGCUAGCACUCAAGAUAGAUAGGCACGUAUGGGAUUUUCCUACAGAGAAUACCGUGCCUGCGUACAAGAGCGCUCUUGCUGUUGGCAUCUUGUUCGCCGCUGCAACAACCUUGACGAAGCUGUCGAUGCUGAGUCUCAUCUAUCGCAUAACCUCUGCAGCUAAUCAACAUGUCACCCGGUGCCUCGUACUGCUGGUCAUCACCAUCGUCGCGGUUGAUGGCGUCGUCUUUAUACUAGUGGAGCUCACGCAGUGCAUGCCCUUGUCCCUCUUUUGGACACCAUCCUUCACACCCCAAAACUGUAUCAACCAGUCGGACCACCUUCUUGCUGCCGGCAUCAUCAACACUUUUACAGACUUUAUUAUAGUGCUGCUCCCAAUAAGGACGAUACUCGGCUUGAACUUGCCCCGGCGCCAGCUUGUCGGCAUACAAGUGCUCCUCGGUGGUGGUGUGCUAGCCACCAUUGUCGGAGCCGUCAGGGUCUACUUCACCUGGGAAUCUAGCCACGCCGCCGACGGCGACAUCACCUGGCGUUCGCAUCUUGUUAUUGCUCUAAGUGCCCUGGAGCUAUACAUUGGAAUUUUCUGCGCAUCACUCCCCGCCACAAAACCCUUCUUCGAACGCCUCGGACCCAAGCUCUUUAGUUCAUUCAGAUCCAUGUCGGUCGUCGAGCCGCUCAGCAUCAAGAAAAGCCAUUCAAAGCCCGAGGACGAGGAGAGCGCCAUCGGAUCCGCCAACCUCACUGUACGACAGAGCAGCUGGGGAAGCACCCCUGUGGCUUCGUUAAAGUCGCCCCCGCCCGCUUAUACUCAGGCGCCCAAGAAGUUCGCCAAGCCGUCGUCCAGGUCUUUCCUGCCUUAUAUUGGGACCCAGCAACAAAAGUUUGCUUGGAAACCUCUCAUAUCCCCACCCGUCAUCACGUCGCCCAUCACACCGACCUUUCGCGUCAGGAACAACAACAUGCAGUCGUUGCAGUCGGCCAUGGCCAUGCCGACGCCCUCCUUCACCUCUAACACCAACCCCCCAGUUUCGGUCAGCACUCCGGGGCCGUACCCGGCCAAGGGCGCCGCCGCCGUCCCUGCCUCCACAAACUCGAGCAUGACGUCCCUGAACCUCAACAAGCCUCUCCCAAAAGUGAAUGCGCCGCUGGAGCCUGAAUGGCGCAACACCCGGGCUUCAAAAACGCAGUCGUAUCCCAUGCAACAGAGCAACCUCUCCAAGGAGCGCAUCACUUCCCUCAGGCCACCACCGCCACCGCCAGUCGCAACAAGCAGGAGAGGACCAAACUUGAGCGUCCCGUCAUACGCGACCCUCUCCAAGCCUGUCUUCUCGGCCCACUCGUCCAGCGUCUUUGACUUUGUCGCGCACGACGACGGCCACAUUUCUGUACACAAAACCCCACGAAUCCCCGAGGAGCGGUGA